GCUUUCUCCUUCCUCCGCCCUAUCCUUUUCUUCCUUCAUCCCUUGAGAAACAAAAAAAAAAAACCAAUAUCCCCAUACAAACUAAGAAAAAAGAACCUAUCUUUCUUCCUUUUUCCUCCUUUUUUCCAUUUCCAAACCUUCUUAAUAUCUCCCAUGGUAUUACAAUUUUCAUAAAACCCAUAUUGCAAACCUUUUUUUAAAUUUAUUUUCAGCUUUUUCUUUUUUCUUUUUUGUUAAAUCUUGAUGUUAGAGCCAUGGAAAUAGCCCCCACAAGCACCUACCCACUAAGUACUACACCGAAAUCACCAGAGCCAGAGAGUGAAACUCCAACCCGGAUCCAACCCGCCAAGCCCAUAUCUUUCACCAACGGUGUUCUCAAGCGUCACCAGCCUCACCACCACCAUCACCACCUUCUCGUGCCAGCCAUCGUCAUAACCUACAAAGAAUGUCUCAAGAACCAUGCAGCCACUUUGGGUGGCCAUGCUCUAGAUGGAUGCGGUGAAUUCAUGCCAUCCCCAACAGCUACUUCAACUGACCCAACUUCCCUCAAAUGCGCUGCUUGUGGCUGCCACCGCAACUUCCACCGCCGGGAACCUGAAGAGCCACUUCCCACAACAGCCACCGCUACAAUAGAAUACCAGCCUCAUCACCGCCACCAUCCACCACCACCGGCAAGUCAGCCGCAUCGUAGUCCUAACUCAGCUUCUCCGCCACCGAUCUCAUCAUCUUACUACCCUUCAGCUCCGCACAUGCUUUUAGCUCUUUCAGGAGGUCUCACAGGUGCAUUAGACAAUGCUCACAAUAACUCUCAUUUACCAGCUGGUGCUGCAACUCUUGGCCCAAACACUACAAAUCAUGGUUCGAACUCGAAGAAAAGAUUCAGAACAAAGUUCACCCAGUUGCAGAAAGAUAAGAUGCUGGAGUUUGCGGAGAGAGUUAGGUGGAAGAUGCAGAAAAGAGAUGAAGAACUCAUUCAAGAGUUUUGUAAUGAAGUUGGGGUUGAUAGAGGGGUGUUAAAAGUUUGGAUGCAUAACAAUAAGAACACUUGUGGGAAGAAAGAUCAAGCCAAUGGAGGAGGAAGUGGGAAUAAUGGGAGUGAGAAUAACAAUAAUACUGAUAGUGGACUCAACCAUGAAGACAACAAUGAGAGUUAUGGGAAUAACAACAAAAACAACAACAAUGGUCAGAAUCUGAAACAUCACUUUGAAACUGAUAGUGUUGCUCAUGUUGGAUCUAAUGGUUCUUCUGAUUCCUCUUGAUGAUGAUGAUCGGCUUCAUCUUUUCUUUCUGAUGGGGAAAUAAUAAGCUGUUAGAUAUAGAGAGUAAGGACUUGUUUAUUAGCUGUUUUUUUCCUUUUCUUUUUCUCAAUUUCUCCUUUUCCUGAUCAUUUUGUUGCUAAUUAGUUUAAUUAGUGAUCAUCACUUUGUUGAGGAUAUAACAUGGGAAGAGCUUUGAUCCAAAAGGGAAUUUAUUUUCUUUUCUAGUACUAGUAGUAUUUUUCUCUUUCCUUCACCAUUUCUUUCAAAUUCUGGUUUUUUGGGAUCAUAAACUACCAUGGUUUCUGUUUUCCAGGCAGUGACAAAAAAAAUCUUAAACCUUUGAAUUUGUAAUGUUCCCUUAGACAGAGAUAAGAGAGAGAAACAGAGGGAAAGAGAGAGAAAUCGCUUCCAUAUCCCAUUAUCUUCUGCCUGAGAGGAAGAAGGCAGAAGGUGUUAAUAAAACUUGUA